AUCGACCAGCGACUCCUCAGCACCGCACCGGAGUGGAUGGAUCCCCCAUUUAGCCUUAUUUAUCGGGUAGAAGGGGCAGCGGAGCAACUCCUGCUAAAUGAUCUGAAUUGUACAAAUAUAUUCCUUUCUGCCUCAGCGCUCUGAGAUUCCAGUUUGUUAAUCUGCGCUCCGCUGUACUUAUAAUCAACCAGCGAUUCAAUACUUCUCUACUGCUACUGACAAAACAGCAGAUCAAGACUGUGGCGCUGUGGAGAUGCACCCGGGCUCUGGCAGCAGAAAUGGUUUGGUUAAAUGCAGAGCUGGGUAAGUGAUGGCGACAGAACUGCAUCAGGUCAGAGACUGGUCCUCUGCGCGCUGGGAUGAAGGAAGAGCUCCUCACUGCUGAAUGAACACUUUCCUGCCUGAUGCACUAAAACACUCAUAUGUCAACGAUGGAUCUGAAAGUGGAGACAGAAGAACUGGACUCCAGCCAGCCUCCUCAAAUAGAAGUUUUUGCUCACAGUUCCACCCUGCACGGAAUCUCCCACAUCUUCACUUAUGAGCGCUUCUGUUUCAAACGUUUCCUGUGGCUCGUUUUCUUCCUGGCCUCGCUGACUUUCCUGAUCUACGUGUGCGUGGAUCGGAUCCACUUCUACCUCGAGUAUCCCCAUGUUACCAAGCUGGACGAGGUGUCCACUCCGGUCAUGACGUUCCCGGCGGUGACAUUCUGCAACCUGAACGCGUUCCGCUUUAGCAGGCUGAGCCGAAACGACUUGUUCUAUGUGGGAGAGCUCCUGGCUCUGCUCAACAACAGGUAUGAGAUUCGGGACAUACAUCUCGUGGAGGAGAGCGUUCUGGAAAGCCUGAAGCUGAAAACUGACUUCCAGAAUUUCAAGCCGCGACCUUUUAACAUGCUGGAAUUCUACGACCGUACCGGUCACGACAUUAACGACAUGCUGCUGUCCUGCCACUUCCACGGCACAGAGUGCAGACCAGAGCACUUCAAAGUGGUUUUUACGCGCUACGGGAAAUGUUACACCUUCAAUGCCGGUGGAGAUGGACGACCCCCACUCAUCACCACCAAAGGCGGAAUGGGCAACGGACUGGAGAUCAUGCUGGACAUUCAGCAGGAUGAAUACCUGCCAGUCUGGGGAGAAACAGAUGAGACUUCAUUUGAAGCUGGGAUCAAAGUUCAGAUCCACAGUCAGGAGGAGCCACCCUUCAUCGACCAGCUCGGAUUUGGUGUUUCACCAGGUUUUCAGACGUUUGUCUCCUGCCAGGAGCAGCGGCUCAUAUAUCUGCCCCCACCCUGGGGAGACUGUAAGGUGACACCCAUGGAUUCAGAAUUCUUUGAAACUUACAGCAUCACAGCUUGCCGCAUAGACUGUGAGACUCGCUAUCUAUUCGACAACUGUAACUGCCGCAUGGUGCACAUGCCCGGCAAUGCUGAUUUCUGCACCCCCCAGGUGUACAAAGAAUGUGCUGACCCAGCUCUUGAUUUCUUGGUAGAACAAGACAAUGACUUCUGUGUAUGUGAGACGCCGUGCAACAUGACCAGGUACAGCAAAGAGCUGUCCUUCGUCAAGAUCCCCAGCAAAGCAUCAGCCAAGUAUCUGGCAAAGAAAUACAACAAAACAGAGCAGUACAUUAAGGAUAACAUUUUGGUUUUGGACAUCUUCUUUGAGGCUCUAAACUAUGAGACUAUUGAACAGAAGAAAGCAUAUGAAGUGGCCGGCCUUUUAGGUGACAUCGGUGGUCAGAUGGGGCUCUUUAUUGGGGCUAGCAUUCUGAGUAUUCUGGAGAUUUUUGACUACUUGUAUGAGGUGAUAAAAUACAAGCUGUGUCGCUGUUCUGAUAAGAAGCACAAACACAACAGCGCUGACCAGAGAACAGUCCUGAGCUUAGAUGACGUCAAGUGUCACGUCAGUAACUUUCACUAAGCCUCUGCUUUCUGGAGGAGGGAACGUCUGCAAGACUUUGCUGCUGCAAGAGUAAAGGAUGUGUGGAUGAAAGAACUCUGCCUGGUUAGGCUUUACUUUCUCAGUGAGUGGCCAUAUGCAUAAAGGAAGUUGAAGUUCCACAGACAUUGAACAAGCUUCAGAUACCAGAGAUCAACCUGAUCUGAACAUAGAUCAACUGCAUGGUCAUCUGUAAACAACUUCUAAAGAAGUAGCAAGGAAUGCAGCAAAAUGUGCAUCAUCUAAAUGCAGAUUUUAAAUGUGUACUGUGCUGUGGUGUUUUUAUCUGUCAGAGUGAUUAGGCUUCAUGUAAACUGAUUGUUGAAUUGCAAGAAUUUUUCUGAGUCCCACACUGGCCCUGUUGCCUUUAUUCUCCUAUUUUUCACCAGAGGAAAAAAAUAUAUAUAUUCUUUGUCCUUAAAAGCAUCUUUCCUGUAUAUACCCUGCCAAAACACUUUACUACCUCAGCUUAUGUGCAACAUUGCCACUGAGUUUUUAGACAUAGCUAAACUGACCAUUAUUAGGAUAAUCUUUUCCUGAAAAAGUAAAACAUAAGUGGCUACAAAUCUGCAAGAAGGCCAAUCCAACAAUAGGCAUACUGUUAAGGUUCUUCAGUUUCAUAGUUUAUUGCAGUUUGAUUUAAACCUUCUGGUGAUGGAUUUGUAUUUUUUGUGCCUUUUAAAGUUACUGUAGGCGCUUUGGGUUUUUUUCUUUACAUUUCAUGAUUUUCAUACAAAAUGAACAAUAUUAUAGUGAAGUUAUUGCUUUGACUGCGGCGCCUUUUCUUAAACUAUCAUUCUUCUUUACCCGCAUGCGCCUCUUUGCCCCCUAUUUGCUGUUUGCCUCGCAUGAGAUUUCCACGCAUGCCAGGUGCUUUUGUCGUUGAUUUUGAUGUGUUUCUGUAACAGUGCCACCAAAAGGCCCAGCAUACAUCGUACAGCACCUUCAGUGGUGCUAAUUGAAGGACUUUUUUUCCUUUAUUGUUAAUGAAAAGAUACCAUGUCUUUUUUUUUGUGGACCUCGCCUCAUUGUUAAACAAAUUUGUGAAGUUGAAGAUCAAGAUAUAUAUCAACAAGUUACUAUUUUCCUGUAGAAUUUCCAAAUAACAAAGAUUAUUAGGGAUGCCAAUAGUUGUAGUUCCAAUGACUUUGUUCAAGGAGCUUGCUGAAAAUGUUUGUGUUUUAUCCCUCAUAUAAAAUGUAUUUAAAUUAGAGGUCAGAUUGUUCUCAUAUUUUGAGUUUGAAAUGUAUUCUAUUGCACUCAAAGAUUUAUUUAUCUUAAGGCUUUUUACUUUUUCACCAGAGGUGCCAACAGUUGAGGGGGGCAUGCAGAGAAAGAUGUCAGCAAUGCAUUCAUCUAACAGUUCAGAGCUCUGGUUCUCAAGCUUAUAACAAGUAACACCUCGGGCUCUACAGUAGUGCAACUCGAAUGAACUUAUUCAGUUUGCAUUGAUUUUUAAAACAAAAAAAGAAUAGAAGAAAAUUAUAUAGAUUCUCAGUAUUUUACCUAUGUCUGUUUAGUUGAAGGGAGCAGAUUAAUAAUACAUUCAAUUUUGACUGAGAGUUCAAAACGUUCAAUUUCCAGCAUAUAAAAUUAGACAGGAAGUAAACUUUAGUCAGCAACCUGCGAGAAAGGGGGAAUGUUUCUUACUAUUUCUUCCCAAUAUCCUAAACAGUUAGUCUUUAAAAUGCAGUAAUAAUUACAUUAAUAAACUGUUCAUUUCAUAUCGGACAUGUCGUGUUCCAUUAAACAAUUAGUACCACACAACAUAUGUUAAUAUCUCCUUUUAGAGUUGUGACAUACAUAAAAAGUAAAGAAGCAACCUGUCAUUAACUUGUAUUGCUAAUAGUAAUAGGAUUUUCACUGAGACAAGCCAUUACUGCAGCAUAACCUUCCUUGUUAUGCUGCAUACAUGUUAUAGGUAAACAAGUAACCACUUACAUUUGCUGAUAGUUCAGUAUAGCCUGGAAUUAGCCUUGUGUUUGUAAAUGGUUAAUACAGUUAUAAGGAAGCCAAGUACUAUCCUUUGUAUUUGUGCCACAGUUUGAGAACCAAGGCUUCAGAAGCCAAAAUACAGAAGUGGGUGUUGUAUUUCAGCCCCAAUGCCCAUAUCUGCAGGUUGGCAUUUGAAUCCUCUGUAACUCUGACCCAACCUAGUGCUAUAAGAUUAGCAGUUCAUAUCUUCUAUUAGGUAAAUCCUCAAUGCAAUCAGCCUUCUACUGAUGGAGGUCAAAUAUGACUUCAGUUGAAAUAAGCACUAGAGAGGCAAUCCCUCUGUCAUGCUGCAGGCUCUUUCAAUAUCAUGCAGGUAGCGUUUUUUUAAGGAUAGCUGCUCAGUGGUCAGUUAUUAACAUUAGGUCGUUGCAGGUUUGGUUCUUUGUAAUCUGGGACCGUUGUAGACAAAGUGGCUUUUGAUUUGGCCACACCAAAACAAUAAAAAACCUGCAUAUAAAAGAUAUAAGACCAUAAAACAUGCCGGUGGUAAAUCUAGUCAGUAAAAAGAAUACAGGAUUGGAUAUCAUUCCUAAAUAACAUCUUUUGGAGCUUUUCCUAAAUUUGAGUCAUUCUGUAAGUGUACAAAAACAUUACUACUAAUAUAGUAUGAAAUAUGUGUUAAAAAAUAUGUCAAUCAUAAUGAAAAACAAUCAGAAAAGAAGUUAAAAUAAAAAUCGGCCGCAACAAAUGAAAUAAAAAUUUUAAAAAAAAUUCAUAAGUAUGUAUUUGUAGAUGCCACAUACUGUGAAAAAUUGCCCUAAAACUGAAGGGUAACUGUAAAUCCCCAAACAAAAACAAAAAAAACUAUUUAAAUGGGAAAGAUACAUUUCUCAUAUCAAAUAACUUUUAGUAAAUAUAACAGAGAGAGACCACAUCAAUGAGGAUGAAUAUAGUGAAUGUGCUUUUCCAUCUUCUAUAGGGCUCUGACAUGCAUGUAUAAGUGCACAGCAGGUUUUCUAAAAAAAAAAUGAGCACAUCAAUCAUUUGUGUCCUCUUUUUGCUUGCAGUAUGCUCAAUGAUAUUUGUACCAUAUGUCCUGACAUUGCUUAGGCCAUGGAAAGGUAAAGCACUCGAGGGGGAAAGGAGGUAUAUGCUGCCCUCUGUUAGCCUGCAAACAUAAAUUUCUGCUCUGUUUCCAUCUUAAAUGUUGCAUCUUAGCUGAGCUCGAUAUAAGCUCCAGGAAAAAGGAAUGUGUAGCUGUGUUGUGUUUGCAUCCAGCUCAAACAAACUGUCAGUUGUAAGUUGAUGUAAAUACUGCUGUGACCGUGAAUAAUAGCCCUAUUGUAUUAGUGCCAUUUGAGUUGGGUUUAUUUGACACAGACUAGCUGUGUGUCUCUGUUUCCUGUACAUAAGUCUUGAUGAUUUAUUUAUCUUUAUUAUAUGGUAUAUGGAAAAGCUUCAUCUUUUUUAUUUGCUUUGUAAUAAUGAAAACAGAUAUUUUCAUUAAUGUAAGUAUAAAUAUCUUCAGUUUUGUUUUUUUCAGUUUCACAACCUCAUGAAUCUCUCAGAAAGUUCACAGGACUGUGACUAUUGUUUUUAUUUCCUGAAUUUAUUGUAAGCUUUAGAUUUGUGUUUAAAAAGUGAAGGAGUGUUGUUUUUGUUUGUAGCCCUUUGAAUGAAACAGAUUUGCAGCAGUAUAUUUAUUAAAGAUGAUAUGCUAACUUUAUAUAUCUGAUUUGUCAUUUCUUGUGUUACUUACCCCUUUUUCACAUUCAUUUUUCCUGCAUGCUGUCUUCAAGGUGUUUUAUCGUGAUUCUUCAAGUCAGAGCUUCUUUGUGAAGAGAAAGAGAAAACUCUAGAUUUAUUGUUUUGCAAAUAUGAAUUGUUAUCAACCUGAAUAGUUUGUAUAAUAAAAAAGCUGCAGAUA